AUGCCACCAGCUGUUGGAGGUCCUGUAGGCUACACCCCUCCAGAAGGGGGCUGGGGGUGGGCCAUCGUAGCUGGGGCCUUCAUCUCUAUUGGUUUCUCCUACGCCUUUCCUAAGUGUAUCACAGUGUUCUACAGAGAUAUAGAAUUGAUCUUUAAUGCAAGUGCAAGCCAAGUGUCCUGGAUUUCCUCUAUCAAUGCAUGCUGCAUAUAUGCAGGAGGUCCAAUUAGCAGUAUCCUGGUGAAUAAGUUUGGCAGUCGUCCGAUAAUGAUAGCUGGGGGCUGUCUCUCAGGAGCUGGACUCAUUGCAGCAUCUUUCUGCAACACAGUAGAGGGCCUGUAUUUCUUCGUCGGUGUGAUAGGAGGUCUGGGACUUGCAUUCAAUCUCAAUCCAGCCCUGAUAAUGAUUAGUAAAUACUUCUACAAAAGAAGACCUUUUGCUAAUGGAAUUGCCAUGGCUGGUACCCCGGUGUUUUUGGCCACUCUAGCUCCUCUGAACAGCUGGUUUUAUGAACAGUUUGGUCUAAGAGGCAGCUUCCUAAUCCUGGGGGGACUUCUGCUUAACUGCUGUGUCGCUGGAGCCCUGAUGAGGCCCAUUGGACCAAAGCCUAGACCUGCUGUGACAGAGGUCAAUACUGAUGGUCAAACCAGAGAGAAGAAUACAAAGAUGAUCAAGACUUUCAUUGAUCUGUCCCUCUUCAAACACCGUGGUUUUCUCAUCUACCUAACAGGCAAUGUUGUGCUAUUCUGUGGCAUCUUCACCCCUCUGGUGUUUCUUAGCAAUUUUGCCAAGACUAGGGAUAUUUCAAACGAGAAGGCUGCAUCUUUGCUUUCAGCGUUGGCCUUGGUAGACAUGGUGGCCCGACCCACCAUGGGAAUAGUGGCCAACACCAAAUGGGUGCGUCCUAAGAUGCAGCACUUCUUUGCGGCCGCAGUUUUGUUUAACGGCGUGUGUCACCUGCUUGCCCCUUUUGCACAGGACUAUUUAGGUUUUGUUAUCUAUUCAGCUUUCUUUGGGUUCGGGUUUGGGUGGCUAAGUUCUGUGCUUUUUGAGACUCUGAUGGACCUAGUGGGAGCACAGCGGUUUCCCUCAGCUGUGGGACUGGUCACCAUAUUGGAGAGUGUGCCAGUGUUACUUGCCCCACCGUUGUUAGGAACAUUUAAAGACAUCUACAAUGACUACAAAUACACUUACAUAAGCAGUGGAAUCUUCCUAUUGGUUGCGAGCUUGUUCCUCUUUAUUGGCAUGGGUGUCAACUACAGACUGCUUGACAUUGAAGCAAAGAAGGAAGCUGAACAUUCACAACUGACGAGUAGGGAUGAAUUUACUACAAACAAAGAGACAAGUAAUGAGACAGCUGCUGCAUUGAGAGUCGCCAAUGCUUCCAAAUCUGCAGAAUGGAGUGCACCCUAA